GGGCAUGUUACUUUAUAUGAAACUAGAUAGUAUUAAUAUUUGAGUAACACAAUUUCAAUUUUAAAAUAAAAAUAUAUAUAGAAUUAAUGAGCAAAAUUUUAAUUUUGUGCAUCAUGACAUCUAAUUUGUCAUAAUUUUUUCAUAUUAGAAUAAAUUUUUAUUUGUAAUAAUCUUUCGCAUAGGAAGAAAAUGUAAUCAAAAUUGACUUCUUUUUCUUCUUCUUGUUUUUUUGUCUUUUACUAUCUCUAAGUAAAAUCUUUGAUCUUAAUAGUCCCUAACUCUAUGUUUGGAUAGGUUUUAGAUUUGUAUUUGUAUUGGAUUUGGAUAAGAUGGAAUAUAAAAUUGUGUUUAAAUUUGUCCACAUCCAAUCAAAUCCAAAUACUAAGUUCAAAACUCAUGUUCUAAAAGCAAACUAAGAGAAUUUUUGAGCUAGUAAAUUUGACGAUCCAAAAAUAUGAGAAUAGCCAAGUUAAAACCAAGAUCAACUAUACAAAUGAUGUCAAUAAUUAAUAUAGUAUAUAUUCACUGUGCAUUGAUCAAUUGUCAGAAUUAACCAGAUUGUAAAGAUGAACAUGUCAUAUACUUGGUGUGCAUACUUCUCUUUUCCACCAUGCGGCAUGCAUGUGGAGGAGACCCUGCAAGGCUCCAAGUUUCCAUAGAAGCAAGCAAUCUAAUAAUUAAUCAAGAAGACAUGAAUAUCAUCAAACCAUGCCCAGCAAGGAAUAAGCAUAACUUGAACUUCUUUCUUUGGAAAAAGCAUAAUCUAAAGUUUUCUACAGCACUCCUUCUACCUUUUCUUUCCAAACAAACAAUUCCUUCGUUGUCCCUUCAUACAAUAAAUUUCUACACAUGUAGAAGAAAGACCCACGAAUUAAACUAAACAUCAUUUUUUACUUCUCCUCCCUCCACCAAAUUAAACCAGGCUAUGGCAUUUGCCAAUGUCCUUUGGAUGAUCUUUCUCAAGAUGAUUCUCCUUCCUUCUCUAUCACAUGCAGUAUCAACCUCCACCGCCGCCUAUCAUGACCAAACCUUGCAAGCCAUGGUCAUGCAAGCUUGCACCAAUGUGCCAAACCAAAGCUCAUGCCUCUUGAACCUCCAAGCCGAGGUUGAAAAAACCGGUACUCGCCAAAACCCUAGUUCAAUGCUAAGUGCUGCACUAAAAACCACCCUCAAUGAAGCCAAGCUUGCCAUGCAAAUAAUCUCAAACUUUGACUCUUUGUCCAUCAGCUACCGCGAACAAAACGCUAUCGAGGAUUGCAAGGAACUCCUUGAUUUUUCAAUCUCGGAGAUAGCUUGGUCUUUGGGGGAGAUGAGAAAGAUAAGGGCUGGUUCGGGUACUGAACACUCUGAAGGAAACCUAAAAGCUUGGUUAAGUGCUGCCUUGAGCAACCAAGACACAUGUUUGGAAGGAUUCGAGGGCACCGACCACCGGCUCGAGAACUUUAUCAAGGGAAGCCUAAUGCAAGUCACUCAACUUGUAGGCAAUGUUUUGGCCAUGUACAGUGGGAUGCAUAGUUUGCCAUUUAGGCCAUCUCAAAGAAAUAGUACUAUGAAAGGUCACAAGGGGGAAGGUUUUCCAAAAUGGUUGACCAAAGGUGAUCAAGAGCUUCUUCAUGGUAGCCUGAAUCAAAGGCACGCAGACACGAUUGUGGCGGCGGAUGGAAGUGGGAGGCAUCGGACGAUCACAGAGGCGAUAAUGGAAGCUCCAAGCUAUAGCAAUAGGAGGUAUAUUAUAUAUGUGAAGAAGGGAGUUUAUGCAGAGAACAUUGACUUGAAGAAGAAGAAGACCAAUAUAAUGCUUGUUGGAGAUGGAAUUGGGCAAACUGUGGUUACUGGUAGUCGGAAUUUCAUGCAAGGAUGGACUACAUUUCGAACCCCCACUGUUGCGGUUUCCGGCAAGGGAUUCAUCGCAAGAGACAUGACUUUCCGCAACACCGCUGGACCCCGGAAUUUCCAGGCGGUGGCGCUGCGGGUGGACUCCGACCAGUCGGCCUUCUUCAGGUGCAGCAUGGAAAGCUACCAAGACACCCUCUACUCCCACUCCCUCCGCCAGUUCUUCCGCGAGUGCACCAUCUCCGGCACUAUCGACUUCAUCUUCGGCAACGGCGCCGCCGUCCUCCAGAACUGCAACAUCCUCACGCGGCAGCCCCUGCCGCACCAGAAGGUGACCAUCACCGCCCAAGGCCGGAAAAACCCCCACCAGAGCACCGGCUUCUCCAUCCAGGACAGCCGGAUCUACGCCACCCAGCCCACCUUCCUGGGCCGGCCGUGGAAGCAGUUCUCCCGGACCGUCUUCAUGAACACCUACAUGAGCCGGCUGGUCCAGCCCAGAGGGUGGCUCGAGUGGUACGGGAAUUUUGCUUUGGGCUCGUUGUAUUAUGGUGAAUACAAAAAUUUUGGGCCCGGGGCGUCGCUUUCAGGUCGGGUCAAGUGGCCCGGUUACCACGUCAUCCAGGAUCCGGCAGAUGCCCGUUUCUUCACCGUUGGACAGUUCAUCGACGGGAUGUCGUGGCUCCCGUCGACCGGGAUCAGGUUCUCGGCGGGCUUGAGCGAUUGAUUAAAGUCAAAUGUAUACACAUGCUUAUGCAGAUUUUAGGCUAUGGUUUGCAAAAUAUUGAAUUGCUCCUCUAAUGUCUUGGGAUUUUUUU